AUGGUAUCCCCGCAAUUCGAAUAUCCAUCUCCCCCUCUGUGGCUAACCAUCGCCGACUAUGCCUUCAUUGGUAUGCUCGAAACCACGGUUUUGUUCUCCCUCGGUAUCCUUCUACUAGCUUGGUUCCGCAAGAGACGUCAGGGAGAACUUCGCCUUCCUGACAAAGCUGAACCGCCCCUCCCCAAAAUAAAACAGUUUGAAGCUCUUCUUGUAUCGCAUGUCGAUCCCAGUCUUCAACAUGAUGGAGAUCCCAUAGAUCUCCCCGGUUUUUGGCGAAAGGUGACGUUCGCCAAACUCAUCAUCGACACAGUCACCAUCACUUAUUUACUUUCAUUGUCAACCUGUUUCGUCCUCACCAAAUCAGUAAAGCAUCAUGACUCACUCACCAAGCAUUUAUCGACCAUUAUCACUAUUCAUCUCAUCACUUGGUACAUGUUCACACUCGGUCAAGCUUUAUCUCUUCUACCCACCGCCCCGUCCCACUGGACCGAACACCUAGCUCUUCUAUUAUCCUUUCUGCAGCUCUGCGUAGCUAUCCUCAUACCCAUCGGACCCAACCUCAAUCAAGAUAUGACUAAAUUAUACAACAAAGCCUUGUCUGCCAAGCUAAAAGAUGCCAAUAUGCCUUAUGCCGCAAAUGUCAUCCAAAGCGUUUCAAGCACCAUCUUAGGACAAGUAAUGUUUACAUUCGUCUUUCCUAUGGUCAUGAAAACAGCUAAAAAAGAACAAGUGGAUGUGGACGACUUGCCCAUACUUCCUGCGCAUAUGAGGACGCAGAAUGUUUUACCGGAAGUGGCUAAGGUUACUGUACCUGAGUGGGUUCAACGACGAGGACCGACAAGCGAGUUGAUGUGGAUGGUAUGGGCUCCUCGACGUUGGCAACUGACCAAAUACUUCGCUUUGGCAUUCGCCAUUGUCCCUAUGUGGUAUGCCCCACAUUGGGCGACCCAAAAGAUCCUCGAAAUCCUCGAUUCGGAUUUACCUCGAGUCAACGCCGUAGCAUUUGGCGUCUUGCUGGUUUUGGUUCGCAUCGCCGCUCUGAUCUGCUUAUUGCAACAAUACAACAUCGCCACAUUCGGAGUGGAACCUCAAAUCUCAGCACAUACAGCUUUCCUACUCUAUCAAAAACUCUUAACACGCAAUACGUUGGCUGCGGCUCCUGUGGAUCCAAAAGGAAAAGAGAAAAUUGCUACGACCAAAGCUGACAUUCUCAACUUGAUUUCGUCCGACUCUAGCCGUCUGGCUUCGCUUGGAUGGACAUUCGUGAGUACUUUGGAAACGUGUUUGGAGAUGUUCCUGGGUUGUUUUUACGUGUGGAUGCUUCUCGGUAUGUCAGGUCUAUGGGGUCUGUCUACGAUAGUUGUCACCUUACCACCUGCAUAUCUGGUCACCAAAUAUCAAUACAAAGUCUUCGAAAAACGUUUAGAAGUCAAAGAUGAAAAGAUUACCCUUAUGCAAGAAGCAAUUCAGGCGAUCUCGAUGAUCAAGAUGAUGGCCGCGGAGCGAUGGUGGUUCAGACGUAUCAAGACCGUUCGUGAUAGAGAAUUCACUCGAUGGAUCCAAGCACGUCUUUUAGGAUUCCUCAGUGCAUUGCUUUACUCUGUGACUCCUGUUAUCGUCGUCGUCGUGGCCUUUGCACAUUACACCCUAGUGGCAAAGAAAGACCUCACCGCAGCUGUCGCUUUCACGUCUAUUGCUGUAUUUGCAGAAUUACGUCCCGUACUUUACAAUCUCCCCAUGAAUAUGGCUCAAAUCUUACAAGAGAUCCUCUCAGCCAAACGUAUCGGCACUUUCCUUCGUACUCGUGAUGUCGACUAUCUAGAAGGAACUUCUUCGUCAUAUGCCUCGGCUCAUUUAGGAGAUGAGAAUGAGAGCUCAUCUACUGAAGAUCGUGAUCUUUACAUCAUCGGUACAGUCGGUUGGGACGUCGACCAUCCCUCACAAAGUCAGCCAUCGAGUGAUUCGCAAAACGGAUCCACUGCUCCGACUCCAGCCGUCAAAUUCCGAUUGCAUGAUCUCAACCUUCACUUCACCCGCGGCGAGAUCACCUUGGUGGCAGGUAAAGUGGGAUCGGGCAAAACCAUGUUGUUAUUGGCACUUUUGGGCGAAGCAAAAUUACUCAGCGGAAAAAUCAAUUAUGCAGUAUCACCCAUUUUGAACCCCCUCAACGCGAGCAGAGUGGAUGUGACUACUUUGGCCAAACGCGGCGUGGCUUUCGUCCCUCAGACCCCUUGGCUACAGAGUUUGAGCAUCAGGGACAAUAUUUUAUUCGGUUUGCCAAUGGACAUGACUCGUUACCGUGAAGUUCUCUUCGCAACCGGUCUCAUGCCUGACCUCGAGUUAUUAGAAGAUGCGGACUUGACUGAGAUUGGUGAACGUGGUAAAAUUUUGUCGGGGGGUCAGAAAGCACGGGUAUCUCUUGCCCGCGCGGUUUAUUCUCGAGCCAGCGUUUUACUCCUGGACGAUGUCAUUUCAGCCGUAGAUGCCGAAACUUCUCAACAUAUCGUCAAUCAUUGUUUCCGUGGUCGUCUCAUGACUGGACGAACGGUGAUAAUCGCUUCUCAUGCUGUUGAAGCUCUCGCACCUUUGGCUCAUCGUGCUAUUUUCCUCGACGAUGGUCAAGUGAUUUGGUCUGGUGCAGGUCCAGACUUACUCACCAGCAACCAUAUGGCCCAUCUUACAUCUGACAAGAUUACCUCAUCAGCAGAUACAUCAGCCCCGAUCAAUAUGGAACGUAGAGGUUCACUAGCGGAUGUGGAGAAGAGUACUUUCGAAAUUAAAGAGGCCACUCCUAAAACUCCUCGACAAUUGAUCAUCGAAGAGAAACAAGCUAAAGGAAGUGUUGAGUUGAAACAUUGGAAACAACUCAUGAGAUUUAAUGGAGGAGGUGGGUUCUGGGCUGGAAUGAUAGCUUUGGUAGUUAUGGGUUGUUUGGCACCCGUUGCGGAGAGAGGUAUACACGCCGCAAUGCUCGAUAGUCUUCUUCGUGCUAGAAUGUUAUUCUUCACCAAGACUCGCGCAGGUUCCAUCGUACAACGUUUCGGGACUGACUUGGAUGAUACAGUUUAUUGCUCUGAAUUAUUGGCGGAAAUGCUGGAAAUCAUGUUGACCAUCGUCAUCAGUUUAGCGUCCGUUUCUUAUUACGGUGGAUGGCUGUUUUUGGUAAUUUCAAUUUCCCUCAUUGCUGCCAUUUGGAGACCUGGUCAAUGGUAUAGAUCUUCUUCUCGACAAGUCCGACGAUUACAAGCUGUCAUUCCUGGACCUAUCAAUGCCAUUUAUGGAGAAACAGUCGCUGGGACUGCUGUGAUCCGUGCAUUUGGUCAACAAUCAGUGUUCAUGGAAGAAUUGAUGCGAUCUAUCAAUAUGCGUAUUGCCGCCAAAGCUUGGGCAAGUUACAUCCAACGAUGGCUAUUUAUCAAUCUUCGUGUUAUGGACAUCGUCAUAGUUUUCACCGCUUUUGUUCUCAUCCUUUCUCAACCCAACAUGACUGGCGCUACAGCUGGAUUCGUCCUUGGUUUCGCAAGAAACAUUACCACCAACGUCAAUUGGGCGUUGAUAAAUCUCCGCACUUUCGAACUAAAAGGUGUGAGCUUGGAACGAACUGCUGAGUAUCGUGAAUUGGAGAAAGAAGAUACGGAACCUUUAGGAGUCGAAGGAUCAGAUGAUAUAGCGGGAUAUAAAGAUGUUCCAGAAGAUUGGCCAAGGACGGGUGAUAUAGAAGUGAAAGAUUUAUGUGCGAGAUAUGGUCCUGAUCUUCCUGAAAUCUUACAUGGGGUUUCGUUCGACGUGAAAGGUGGAGAAAGAGUAGGAAUCGUGGGUGCUACGGGUGGAGGGAAAUCUACCUUGGCCAAAGCUUUCUUUUCAUUUGUGGAUGUCAUUAAAGGUGUUAUAUUGAUUGACGGUUUGGACAUCUCAACCAUCCCACUCGGUGCCGUUCGUUCUUCACUCGGAAUCAUAGCACAAGACCCUAUUCUUCUUUCUGGCUCUUUACGUCUAAACCUCGACAUUGAAGGUAAAUACGAUGAUGUGGAGUUAUACGAAGCUUUGAGACAAGUUCAAUUGCUUAAAGAGGAUGAACAAACACGUCCACCUACUCCGAAUAGCGAACAGACUGUGGUUGAAGUACAAAGUACUAAUAUCUUUUCUAAUCUUGAUACGGAGAUCAAGUCAGGGGGAGAAAAUCUCUCAGCGGGUCAAAAACAACUGGUAGUUCUUGCUCGAGCAUUAUUGAAAAAACAUAAGAUAUUGAUAUUGGACGAAGCUACAGCAUCUAUCGAUUCCGCUACUGAUAAAGAGGUUAGUAGAGUUGUACAUGAUGAAUUUAAGGGUGCUACUGUACUUAUAAUCGCCCAUCGUCUAAGGUACAGUAAGAGUACGAGUAAGAGUAGGGGAAGAGUACGAGUACGAGUACUCAGUAGUGGAUAUAUGAAAGAUUGUAAAGAGAGUAAGAUGAAAGAUAUUGAGGGGAAAUCAGGAAUGAAUAAUGUCAAGAUGAUGCAAGAUAUGUCUGUAUAUUGUCAAAGUGAUGCUAUAAAAUGUGUUAUCUAA